AUGGUGUCAUUAGGUGAUAUAAACCAUGAGAAUUCUACAACUGAGAGUUCAAAUAGAAAAAUUUAUGACUAUGAUAAUGAAAGUGGUAGACAUGAUAUAGAAUCAAGAGAAAGAUUCUCUUCAAGAUCGCCAUCAAGAGAAAAGACAUCUCCUCAAAAUGAACAGACAGAUUCAGUUUUGCAGAAUGAAGAAGUUGAGGAGCAGAGAAGAAGAUCUAGGUCACCUGAUAAUAAUACAGGUGAACCAAUUGAAGGUUGUAGCUUAUUAGUUCGAAAUCUUCGAUUUGAAACAUCUCCAAGCCGUGUACGUCGUCAUUUUGAAAGGUAUGGUACUGUAAGGGAUGUUUAUUUACCACUAGACUACUACACAAGAAGACCUCGUGGAUUUGGAUUUGUAGAAUAUAUGGAUCCAAGAGAUGCUGAAGAUGCGGUUAAUAAUUUGGAUGGUAGUGUACUGGAUGGCAGUACAAUUCGUGUUGUAGUAGCUCAUGACAGACGUAAAAGUCCAGAAACUAUGAGAAAAAUACAGAAGGAUGCAGCAAGAUUUUCAAGGUCAAGUGGAUACUCAUCAAGAUUUGACAGACCAGGGGGACACCCACCUGCAAUUGAUUACAGAAACAGGUAUAGAAGUGAGCCAUAUAGACACUCCUCUUACCGGGAGGAUGAUAGGUAUUCAAGAUCUAAGCGUAGAUAUCCAAGUAAAAGUGCUAGUAGAUCUCCUUAUAGAGGCAGAAGUGGAAGCCGCGAUAGAAGUUGUUCAAAUAACCGUGAUACAUACCAGGGCAAAAGAUAUCGCCAUUAG